AUGGCAACCCAGUUCUCUACAGCGACUGCCAUUCCACAGCACGCGCCAUACCAGCACCACGCAUAUCGCAAGUCGACACAGUACUCGCCAAACGCGUCGACUGUGAACACGCCCAUGAACGUCUCGCCCACAUCUCCGCGCACAACGUCGGCACUGCCUCUGCAGCGACACCAGGGCAUAUACCAGCCACGUACAGCCAUCGGCAUCCCCGCAGCCCUGCGAAAGACAGAGAAGCCCAGCAGCAAGUCACCACCCAAGCUUGACUCCGGUGUCGGCUCUCCAAACAGCGGCUGGCAGGUCAAUGGCGGUCUGCAGCGUACUGGCACCGACGAGAGUGCCACGCCCAGCUCUCGAGUCGGCAACGAGGACAUGCUCAGCAUCUACAACCAAGAACCACUGUCGCCAACGUCCGGCCCCAUCACCCGCAACCACUGGCAGGUCUGGCUUCCCGCUGUAUGCGCAGCCGGGCGUCUCGCCGCGCUGCAUCUCAACACGAACAUCGAUGCAACCUCGAGGGGCACCACCACCAGCGCCGAUGACGCGCUCUGGUGGCUGCUGAGAGCGAUACAAAAAUUCGAGGUGGAAGGCUUGGCAACGCUUUUGCUUGCCAGCCAGCUCGCUUCGUUGUUCCAGACCAACCGUACUGACGAACCUAUUCAGGCCGACAGCUCCACUCCAGUAUGCUCGGCAUCCUCAUGCCAGGAACCCUUCGGCUUUUUCCAGCGCCGCCACCACUGCAGAAAGUGCGGUGGCAUUUUCUGCUGGCAGCACUCGUCCAAGCAAGUCCGUCUCGAUGAGCUGGCUCGGUUCCACCCAGAUGGAGUCUUGCACCGCGCAUGUGACCGUUGCCACGGCUCUUUCCGCGAGUGGGAACAUCUUCGUUCGAGCCGUACUAACAGCGAGAGCUCCGAGAAUAGCGCAGCGGCUAUUGAAAUCGAGGCGCCCGCUCCGGCAAAGCGUCCAGAGAACCCUCGCGUCGGCAGCAUUGCUCAAAGCUUUCAGGGUGCCUGGAACUGGAGCACAUUCUGA